AUGAGCGCCCACCUGGCCAUGCCGUCCUGCCUGUCCUACUCACCUGUUCUGUAUGGGGACUACUAUUGGCUCUCUCCAGGGAACACGGACAGCAUGCCCGCCGAGGAGGCUCCGGCGACGGACGCCCUACCUUUGCCCGCGACGGAGAAGACGUCCAGUCCCCCAGAUGACUCUCCAGCUUCUUCAAGCUCUGGGACACUCACCCAGUACUACACCCCUGACUCUGCCACCAGUCCCACCGCAGCAGCAAGCCCGUCUCCCCACUCCUCUUUGCAGAAGGUCAAAGCGCAAGGCAAAGGUGUGGUGAAGACGGGCAAGAGCCGCACAGCCUUCUCGCAGGAGCAGCUUAAAGCCCUACACCAGCGGUUCCAGAGCCAGAAGUACCUCAGCCCCCAGCAGAUUCGGGAGUUGGCUACUACCCUUGAGCUCACCUACAAGCAGGUGAAAACAUGGUUUCAGAAUCAACGGAUGAAAUUCAAACGUUGCCAAAAGGAGAGCCAGUGGGUGGAAAAAGGGCUGUAUCUACCACAGAAUGGGGCUCGUCAGGCUGCAUACCUGGAUAUAAUGCCCACAUAUCACCAGGGCUUCCCUGUCGGUGCCAGCAGAAACCUUCAGGCUAUGACCAACACGCACCAGGCCUACAGCAGUGGACAGACUUAUGGGAAUGGGCAGAGCCUGUACUCAUUCGUGGCUGUGGAGGAUGAGGGGCUCUUUGGAAAAGGUGGGACAAGCUGCAAUACCCAGCAAGCUGUGGGUUUAUUAAGCCAGCCAAUGAACUUCUGUCACAGCUACUCUGACAAUGUGGAUUAUGUCAGCCUGGAGUCAGAAGACACCUACGACUUCCAGAGUACUUCUGACACUGUCACACCGUUUUUGAGCUCUCCUGUACAGCAUCAAUGCCAGGUCCCUUGGCAUCCCAUGGGGGCCCAGAGUGGUUAUGAGUCUCAGGUUUAA